AUGAAAGAGCGGACAACAAUACAGAUCCUACAGAUAUUAAGAACAUUGUGCCCUAAGCAGCAGCAGAGCCAUGCCUUUACCCUGGACCUGCUGCUGCAGGUGCUCUGCUCUGUGGCAGUGCCAUUGCUGUACUGCACCAGGAGCAUUGGCUGGGGAACAGUUCAGGGAAUUGGUGGAUUCGGAGAGGAGCCAGGAAUUAAACCUCAGCUAAUGAACCAUAUUCGAUCUGUGAGAACCAUGAUGAGAGUGCCAUCAAUAACAGUAAACUCAACUGCAAUUGUAUUACUUUUAUUUUUGGAUUCAACUGUGCAGAGACCAAAAACAUUUCAAGCAACCGACCCCUCAAGACGCAAAAGGCAGGUCGGAGGCGCUGGCUCCCCGCCUGGCUGA